AUGUGCAUAUCUAUAAACGGAAAUUUGCAACAUUCCAUCAGGUACACCCAGGUAGCUAUGGUUAAUGAGCUACAAAGUGGUCCACUGCCAUGCACAAAGACAAAGAAGCACCUCUCAGCUAUUUAUAGUCAACGAGAACCCAGUAGAGCGUUUCCUGGAUUUACUCUAAAAGAUGAUAAGAGGGAACCAGAUUGUGAACAAGUUCUAACAAGUUCCGAUGGGAGAAGAGGGGUCUACGCUUCCUUUUUAGCUAAGAAUAUUAAUGAUGAUAAUGAUAACGAUAAUGAACAUACUUCCGACAAUGAUACUGAUAUUGAGAAUAAUGGUCCCCAUACUGAUUCGGGCAGACGUGUAGCUCCGCACACUGAUCCUCUUUUAGAAGCUCCUUUAGCAAAGAAACCUACUCUGAUGAUAGGACCAUGUGAAGAAUCAUCACAAGUAGUAACGAAUUUCUCACUGACACAAUCAUUGUCAUCUGUUAUGUCUCAGGUAAGGAAUUUUAAUAACCUUCCAUCCUCUGCCAUACCUAAUGGGAUAUAUGGGGGGUUUUUGAAUACCCCUUUGGCCUCUACGGGUCGGAGAGGUGACACCAGUGUAAGCAGUACAACAUGUUCGACUUCAUCGAGAACAAAAAGUUCUGGUAUUGCUUCCUUUUUAACAUGCUCUACAGAUAACUGUAACACGCAGCCGUUAAGCGAGGAGUACAUUGGUCAAUGGUUCGGUACGCAUCUCAGUGGUGAAGAUGAAACACUGAAAGAAGUUAACUGUGAGGAAAUUGGUGCUGAAACUGCUUUUGAACAUCCACUUGUGAUUACUGAAGACGAAGAUAAUGCUGAAUAUUUGCCUUUAACACGGGAAACUACAGAUAAAAGUUACAGGGUUCCACAUAUCAAAUAUAUAAAUUUACAGGACCUAGACUUACAAAAUUCUUGGACGGUGGACGACAUUAUCCAGUUUUACGCACCUGUCUACGAGCGGCCACUGCUAAGGUCAAAUGCAGAAGGUACUGUAGCGGGACGUCGGAAAGGACGAUCUCCGCUUGAAUUAACUAUUAAUGAGAUGAAGAAGGUUGGCACAAAGCUAAGUUCUCAAGCUUUCAAGUCCAGGUCAAACGCAAUGUUGGAUACUGUCGAAUUAGAACAUUGGCCUUCUGAAAAAGGUAGCACAUCAAAUUCAACAACUGAGGCAAGCAAAAUGAUCGAAACAGAGGAAAAUUGGUUAUAUGUGCAUCUUCCAAAUAGACGAACAAGACAGCAGUCUCUGAACCCAAACUUUUUAAGAUUGUAUGCCACUGAACUAUCUUCUAAACUUAAGAACCUGCUUCCAGAUAUUAAUGUUGAUGAGCAUGCAUUACGGAAGCUUUCACACGACGAUAUCUGGAAUUUGGACAUACCAAACAAAUACGACGAUGUCUCGCCUUACCAGAUUAAAUUAGCAUUGAUAACGCGGAGGAAACUCUGGUCAGAGAUGUGCAACAUCCUGCGACAGGAUCUACACGGGGUAAACGCACCCUGGAACCUAAAGUUCGUUAUAGAACCUCAACUCACAGAUGAUAGUGACCGCACGCAAAGGAAAAACCUCACGUCAUCGUUAGUACGCCUCGAAUCUGAUGUUAAGCCAUGGUCAAAGGGAGGAAAUCAAUUUAUGUUACGUCCAUGUGGGAAGUUAUCACUGGGCAAAAAUGGCAAUAGGGAUAUACAGUAUGUUGUAAAGGGUUGGUGUGAUAGCCGGUUUUGUUAG